CUAGCUUCCACGAUCGGGCUUUGAUUGUCAUCGUCCCUCAAGGCAUUCGCCUGCAUACAUCCAAUCAUGCUUCUCCCCCGGGUAGGGAGGCCCUGCAUGCGGGCAAUUGCCCAACGGGCAACGAGCCAAACAUCCUCGUCAACAUCUUCAUAUUCCACCUUCGCUCCUGCUCCGCAAAGAAGUAGCAGCAACUCAGCCAUUCUUUCUCGAUUAAAUUGGGCGCCGAGCACGAAGAUCUCUCCGUCGCUGAUCUUCUCUCGUAAUGCCUCGCACGCACAAUCCGGACGCGCCAAUGGUGCCAAGGACGGACCCGGAAAGCGAUUGGGUGCAAAGAAGACUGGAGAGCAAUAUGUUAUCCCCGGAAACAUCAUUUUCCGCCAGCGCGGCACCCACUGGUUCCCCGGCGAGAACUGUGGCAUGGGCCGCGACCACACGAUUUUCUCUACUGCCCACGGCUACGUCAAAUACUACCGCGAUCCCCUGAAGCACCCUAAGCGCCAGUACAUUGGCGUUGUUUUCGACCGUAAAGAUACCCUUCCAUACCCACAGCAUGCGGCGCGCAAGCGAAAACUCGGCAUGAACGCCCUACCAAUAACCGAUGCGGCGAAGGCGCUGGAUCCUGGCUUUGCUGAUAUUGAGGGUGCUGUCGACCAUGACCUUGUUGCCAAGGGCAACACCGUCGUUGACGUUCGUCGGUCGAAGAAGUCCGCCCGCAAGGGCCGGCCGAUGCAACUCGAGUUACGGCCCGGUUAUAUGUACCGUGAGGCUAACUGGGAGAUUGGCCGUGCUGCUGAACGUGCUGGUGUCAAGACACCAAAGUUCAAGCGCGGCGACCGAUUCGUGGCGUGGAGGAAGCUGGGCGAGCGGAAGCUCAGAAACGCUGAGCGACGUGGCUUGAAGAGAUAAAAACUCGACCGCUUCAAAAGCCAGGAGUGGACGUAUUGGCAUUACUUUGAGUUGCGCCAAAAGUUAUAAGAUGGGCCUGAAUGGAUGUUCAUGGCGCUGGAGCAGGACAAAAAGCUAUGGCAUGUUUGUCAGGAGGCGGUUAUUUCUGGGCCACAUCACAUGCCCAUAGGCAUGGUAUGGUUAUAUCUUGUCGCAAUAUUGUCCACAACUCUGGACCGGAACAUACUAUGUCGCCAAUAGGGGAAUUUCAAUGCAUCGAUGUGGUGAAUUCUCUGCUGUUAUUUAUACCUCCCAAUCACCUCUUUUAUGGGUUCAUAACGCAAGCAUUUAGACUCUUUUCAUGUAUUUUAUUUUUGUACUCUACAUUGCAUUGUAUCUCCAUACAACUUUCGAAUAAGGAAAAUAUUAUAUCGGACACGACUAUGAAAAAGUACAGCUCAAUGAAAAUAAGGACC